AUGGCCCUUUUUCCUAUCUCCCAUUUCACUUUCUUUUACGUUCCUUUAAAAAAGGACUCUUUUCUUAUCUCUACGUCAACUUUCCAUUACUUGAACUCGGAAAAGGGUUCUUUUCCUUUCCCUAGGUCAAAUUUCCAUUACGAGCCCUUAACAAGGCCUAUUUUUCGUCUGUCUAGGUCCAAUUUAGAUUACGUCUCCCUAGGAAACGCUUCUUUUCUUCUCUCUAGGUCCACUUUGGAUUACGUCUCCUUAGAAAAGGCUUCUUUUUUUCUCUCUAGGUCCACUUUGGAUUACGUCUCCUUAGAAAAGGCUUCUUUUUUUCUCUCUAGGUCCUCUUUGGAUUGCGUCUCCUUAGAAAAGGCUUCUUUUCUUCUCUCUAGGUCCACUUUGGAUUGCAUCUCCUUAGAAAAGGCUUCUUUUCUUCUCUCUAGGUCCUCUUUAGAUUGCGUCUCCUUAGAAAAGGCUUCUUUUCUUCUCUCUAGGUCCACUUUGGAUUACGUCACUUUAGAAAAGGCUUCUUUUCUUCUCUCUAGCUUGUUUACCAUCGCCUUACAAUGUAAUGUGUGUGUUUGCAAUGUUGAUUGCCAACAUAUUGUGCUGGCUGCUUUUAAACACCACCACAACACGUUCCGCGCCUCCACGGCUCGAAGCAGCGCCCAUGAUGAAAUCGAAAGCUUUUUUUUUCUUCCAUCAGUGCCCGUGUUUAUGCUUGUGGGCCACAGUGGCCAGUCAGAAAGAAUUCCCGCACCCCACCCCUCGUUUUCUGGAGUAACUGGGCAACUGGCCAGCCAGACACGCAAGCCAACCGCUUUGAUCCCUCUUCUCCUAAGAUGA